AUGGGAGGGAGUCAACAUCAAUUCAAGAUGGGUGAUGGUGGUGAGAAUAUACGGGAGAAGGAUGACGUGCAUUGCCUGGGGGUGGCUGCUGGCUCUGACACUGCUGGCAGGCCACGCGGCAGCUCAGACCUGCAGGCCGCCACCUGGAGGUCUCCUCCAUCCUCUCCUGCAGAUUUAAAGGCAAAGAACUUGGCCCAAGGACAGCCCGCCAACCAGUCCUCCAUCCACCAACAUCAGAUCAUUGGAUCAGCAGACAAAGCCGUGGAUGGGGACUGCAACGGGAACUGGUACCACGGCUCCUGCACCCACACCAAGAAUGAGGAGCAGCCCUGGUGGUACGUGGACCUGGGAGACUCUUAUAAAAUCUCUGAGGUGGUGGUGAAAAAUCGAGAGGACUGCUGUGGCGAAAGACUCUAUCUAGCUGAGAUCCACGUGGGAGACUCUCUGGAAGACCAUGGAAAAUCCAAUCCGCUCUGCGGGGUUAUCCAGAACUCCAUCUGGGGCAGCAUCACCACGAUCUACUGCAAUGGGAAUACAGGCCGCUACCUCAGUGUCCACCUCAACAGGAAGAUGUACAUGACCUUGUGCGAGGUGGUGGUGUACGGCACCCUGAUGGUGCUUGUCGUCUGGUUGUGGCUGCCCAUCCUGGGGCUCCUGGCAGGCCACGGGGAGGCCCAGAGCUGCAGACCAGAGCUGAGAGGCAUUGCUCAGAACGUGGCCAGAGGACGUCCAGCUUUUCAGUCUUCACUCUAUGAAAGCCCGUUCAAUUCAGUGGCCAGCAAAGCCGUGGAUGGGAACUGCAAUGGGCGUUGGAUCGGACACAACUCUUGCACUCACACCAAGAAGGAAAGGGCUCCCUGGUGGUAUGUGGACUUGGGCAGCCUGCACACCAUCUCUGCCGUGGUGGUGAAACAACGGGAGGACUGCUGUGGAGAAAGGCUUGUGGGAGCGGAGGUCCGCGUGGGAAACUCCAUGAACCACCAUGGAAAAUCGAAUCCCCUCUGCGGGACCAUCACCGAUGGCCGACUGGGCUCCAUCAGCACCACCUUCUGCAAUGGCCGCACAGGACGCUAUGUCACCAUCACCGUUCCUGGUCGCACAGAAUCCCUGGCACUGUGCGAGGUGGAGGUCUAUGGGACCAAGGUGUGUUCCUGUCACCCGGAGCCGUGUGUGACAUGUCAGAGACAAGGAUAAUUAAAUCAGUCAUGACCCUCAAAUAAACGUCCUUUGAGCAA